UUGACCUCGACAUUGACAGAUCAUGCGAUAGCCAACAUCCUUACCUCUGCCUCCCUCAACGGACCGCAGCCUCGCCACACUCGCCCAGCAUGUCUAUCAACCCUUCCCUCUCCCUCGCGGAGUACCUGGAGAGGCUGCCUGGCACAACCUUCAAGAAACUGUACCAGCAGCCCUCCACGACGUUCGCCAUCUUCCGGCGCAUGCUGCCGCAUCUCGCAAAGACUUUCGUCAUGAGAAUGCUGUUUCUUCCCCAUCCCAUGACGCUCGCCGAUCUGGACGCAUGGGUGAAGCCGGAAGCCAAGCGGAAGAAAGACCAGUCCCUCUCCAUUCUGCGAAGCCUCCACAUUGUCCAGAUAUCCGUCCCGUCGAAGGAGAAGCCGCAGGAGAUCCAGCUCAUGUCAAAUUUCAAGAAAUCGCUGCGGCUGGCGCUCACCGGAGGCGGAAACCACAACUCCUUUGGCGUGCCUUCGUCGCUCAUGGUCCCGCCCGAGAUUGACCUGCCGUUCCUCGAUCGAUACGCGCGCAAGAAGUGGGAGGAUGUUUUGCACUUCGUCGUGUCCAGUGUCGGCUACAAAAGCAGCCUGGGCGAGGGCUCUGGGCCGAACAAGGGCGUCAAGGAGCUCCUCAUUGCAGGUCAGCUAGUUGACAGACGACCAAACGGAAGCUUGGGCAUCACCCAGGCCGGCUUCACCUUUCUGCUGCAGGAGGCAAACGCGCAGGUCUGGACGCUGCUCUUGCUGUGGCUGGAAGUCCUGGGCAACAACAAGUCCUCUGGGCUGGAUCCCGUCGAUAUGCUGUCGUUCCUCUUCAUGCUGGCGAGCCUGGAGCUGGGGCGGGCGUACGACACGAAUGCGCUGACGGAGGAGCGGAGGAAUAUGCUUCCUUCUCUCGUCGAUUUCGGCCUCAUUUACAUCCCCCAGCAUAAGCGCUCCAUGUUCUUCCCGACCCGACUAGCGACGACCCUGACGAGUGGAGGAAACAGCUUGCGGACCAUUAGCGAGGGCGUCGCGGCUGCUACCCAAUCCGCCCAGGCGUCGCAAGGGUCUCUUGGCCUCUUGGGCGGCGGCGGCACCGGGGAGCAGGCCGGAAGUGUCGUCAUCGAGACCAACUACCGCCUCUACGCAUACACCCAGUCCGCCCUCCAAAUCGCCGUGCUCGCCCUCUUCGCCAAGCUCAACAUGCGCUUCCCCGACAUGGUCGCCGGCCGCCUGUCCCGCGCGUCCAUCCGCCAGGCCAUUAACUUUGGCAUCACCGCCGACCAGAUCAUCUCGUACCUGUCCGCCCACGCCCACGAGCAGAUGCACCGCACCGCCGCGCUGACCAACAAGCCGGUCCUGCCCCCCACCGUCGUCGACCAGAUCCGCCUGUGGCAGCUCGAGAACGAGCGUAUGAAGACGACGAGCGGCUUCCUGUUCCGGGACUUUACCGACGACAAGGACUACCUCGACACGGCGCGCUUUUCGGAGGAGAUUGGCGUGCUAGUCUGGAGGAAUGAUAACACGCGCAUGUUUUUCGCGAAUAAGCAUGAGCAGAUUAAGGACUUCUUGAAGUCGAGGAAGAGGGCCGAGUGAGCUACUGUACCGGUUGGGCGGGCACACAUUACAAAAGUGGUUUGAAUAGGCGUUUGGCGUUGGGAAAAUGAGAAAUAUACAAGUAUAUACGCAUCAUCGAAUCGAUGGAUGCGAAUCCUCAACAAUGAACAAAUUCAUAUGAAGACGUCUUCAUAAGCUAUCUUACAGUAGGAAGUACCCCGGAAUUAUUGUACAGUAGUUCUACAUCAUUAUCGUAUUACCAGCCAGACCCUCAUGAUGGUAUCCUUCUUGCCUCGCUAACAACCAAACAAAGCUCGA